AUGACCCUGGUAGCAUAUUCCGACUCUGAGGGCUCCGACGCUGAGCCGGAUAAUACCCCAGUCCCUACUGUCGACAAGUCAAAGAAAUCCGACUCCGGUGCCGGCUUCCAGGUUGACCGCAGCAACCCGCGCAAGAUCCGCGUCGCUCUCCCGGAGCUGAAGCCCGAACACCCUACGGACCAAGACGCCGAGGAUGGCCCAGCACGCAAGAAGGCUCGGCUAGGUGCAGGAGGUGGUGCGUUCUCGGGGUUUAAUUCGUUUCUACCUGCCCCAAAGCGUGCCGCAGAGAAGAAGGGUCCUGUCGCCACAACGCGCAAAGUGUUCAGCCUAAAGACUGGCGCCGCCCCAGGAUUUGACCGACAAGCAGAUGCCGAAUCAAAGCUGGGCCUCCCCUCAGACGAUGCCUACGAUGAAAACGAUACAGAUGCAAAUAUCCCUGCGCCUGGCAGUUUGGCGGACCCUGCGACUGCCUCGGACUCGACACCGGUUCCAGAGUCGGCUGGGGAGGUUAAGCUGCAGGGAAACCCUAUGAUGUUCAGGCCACUAUCGGUUGCCAGAACUCAGAAGAAGAAAAAAGUUACAAAAUCUGCCACCUCGGCUUCAACGACGACAUCUAACCCACUACCUACUACCGAGCAACCUGUGAAAGCGACACCUGCGCCACCACCAAAACCAAAAGUCAGCUUAUUCUCCUUACCGUCAGGAGAUUCCGAAUCCAGAACAGAAAUGCCCUCGGCUGCAACAGGAACCUACGAGCCCCUAGUAUACACCACCGAGACUGAAGCUGGCCCUGCUUUUGCACCCGCGUCCGCACCAGACGCAUUAUAUCCCAACCCUAGCACAACAUCCGCUUCAUCAUCCCUCAACAACAUUGCAAAUGACUUGAACUUGUCAAAAUCAGAACGGCGCCAGCUCUUCGGUCGUAAUGCGCCACCUGUCGACUCGCAAAUUCUUACCUUCAACACGGACAAGGAAUACGCUCAUAACCAAGCUCUUGCAGAAACAGAACUAGCUGGCACCCAACACCAACCUGUGCGAACUAUCAAUACAGCUGGCAAGCACAGCUUGCAGCAACUUGUCAAUGUGGCAACUUCGCAGAAGGAAGCCUUGGAAGAGAGCUUUGCUACUGGGAGGAGGAACAAAAAGGAAGCCGGCGCGAAGUAUGGGUGGUGA